AUGCACAAUACAACGGUUACAGCAUUGCUGCAGGAGCUCGUUUCCUAUGGUUUAUUCCUACUCCUGCCUCCUGAUUAUACCACCUUACGAAGCGCAGUCGCUGUGUCCACUAGGCCCUGGCUCGGUGAAGCUAGGAACAAUGACCCGAUGGGACUUUUCGUUACAUCAACUUUCAAAACCCACUCUCGUAUGCAAAACGCAAAUCCUAACUUCCGCCCGUCUUUCAAUUGGAGUGAGGCUUCUCUAUCAACCCAGCGUCUCCAGUCCUUUCUCAAAACCAACGGCAAGAAUAACUGGAUAGGUCUCAUGCGACGCUACCUGAAGAAUAUACCGGCAUUCUUAGAAUCUAGGGUCGGCAAACCACGAUCCUUGAGCUUUGAGAUAUCCAAUCUUGGCUCAUUCAACAUGGAGACCCAUACCCCCGACGAAGGCAUUCAGAGAAUUGUUUUCAGUCAGUCAAUCUCUGCCGUUGAUAGUGCGAUCCAAGUAAGCGUGAUUACAGCGAGGACGCUUAGUAUUGGUAUCUCUUGGCAGGAAGGUAUCGUGCCGCAGCAGCAAAUUGCAUCAUUGAUCGAUAUCAUGAAAUCCUUUCUUGAUAAUAUUGGGAUGUUUACGUGA